CUUUACCCUCAUCAUUUUUGGGCAGGGGGAGGGUUGGCGACGAGGCAAAGUGGGGGCAGACAGAGGAAGAGCACUGGGCCUGACCACAUCUUUUCAUGCGGAAAAACGGCAACGUCAAAAAGCCCCCAUUUUUGGUCACCCUUAACACUCUGGCCCGGGCCUUAGUCCGCGGUCUCGGGUUUAGUUGAUAGCCGGCUGGAGGGCAGGCUGAGCGGGACUGUGCACGCCUGUUGAGAGUCUCACCACGUAUCCUGCACUUCUGAGGCCGAAAUGGGCGACAGCAGAGAUUCCCGGAGUCCGGACAGCUCGUCUGUGUCAUCUCCCCCCUCAGGUCAUCGCUCCUCGUCACCCCUGGUGCCCCCUGUGACCAUGACCUCCCUGCCCCCCAUCACCUCAGCUGUCAACAGCCCCAUCAGCAGCAUGGGCUCUCCUUUCUCUGUCAUCAGCUCCUCCCUGGGCUCGCCCUGCUUGCCAGGGACACCGUCGGUGGGCUACGGCCCCAUCAGUAGCCCUCAGAUCAACUCCACCGUGUCCAUGUCCGGGUCCCACGCCGUCAGCAGCUCUGAUGACGUCAAGCCGCCGUUCGGGCUAAAGCAGCUGUCCGCCCACAGCCCCGGAGGACCCAUGAUGUCCCAGAAGCGCAUGUGCUCCAUCUGUGGAGACCGCUCCUCCGGUAAGCACUAUGGCGUGUACAGCUGUGAGGGCUGCAAGGGCUUCUUCAAGCGGACGGUGCGUAAGGAUCUGAGCUACACCUGCAGGGACAACAAGGACUGUCUGGUGGACAAGCGGCAGAGGAACCGCUGUCAGUACUGCCGCUACCAGAAGUGCCUGGCCAUGGGCAUGAAGAGGGAAGCUGUCCAGGAGGAGCGCCAGAGGAACAAGGAGCGUGACGGGGAGGUGGAGUCCACCAGCGCUGUGAACGAGGAGAUGCCGGUGGAGAAGAUCCUGGAGGCGGAGAUGGCCGUGGAGCAGAAGACCGAGCUGCACUCUGACGGGAGCUCUGGGGGAAGCUCUCCCAACGACCCGGUGACCAACAUCUGCCAGGCAGCAGACAAGCAGCUGUUCACCCUGGUGGAGUGGGCCAAGAGGAUCCCUCACUUCUCCGAGUUGGCCCUGGACGACCAGGUCAUCCUGCUCAGAGCAGGCUGGAACGAGCUGCUGAUCGCCUCCUUCUCCCACCGCUCCGUCUCCGUGAAGGACGGCAUCCUGCUGGCCACCGGCCUCCACGUCCACAGGAACAGUGCCCACAGCGCCGGGGUGGGGGCCAUCUUCGACAGUAUGCAGUCCACGUCGACGUGCUCACGUGUGUCCGUGUUCCCCAACGCUGACUGUGGGAACCUGCUGUGCAGACCAGAGGGAGGACGGGAUCUCUCUGUACUGUUGGCUGUGGGAGCUAGCGUGGAGAGUGCUCACAGUGCUGAGGUUGGGGCCAUAUUCGACAGAGUUCUGACAGAGCUGGUCAGUAAGAUGAGAGACAUGCAGAUGGACAAGACCGAGCUGGGCUGUCUCCGGGCCAUCAUCCUCUUCAACCCAGAUGCCAAGGGCCUGUCCAGCCCCAGUGAGGUGGAGCUGCUUAGGGAGAGGGUGUACGCAUCGCUGGAAUCCUAUUGCAAACAGAGAUACCCCGACCAGCAGGGCAGGUUUGCCAAGCUCCUCCUACGACUGCCAGCGCUGCGCUCCAUUGGCCUGAAGUGUCUGGAGCACCUGUUCUUCUUCAAGCUGAUUGGUGACACACCCAUCGACACCUUCCUGAUGGAGAUGCUGGAGGCUCCCCACCAGCUGACCUAGGGGGAGGCGGUGGCACUGGAGGUGCAGCGUCAUGUGACCCGCUCCUGGGUCUGUCCAUGCCUCAGCCCUGUCUGGGGAAAACACCCUGUCUAACUGGUCCGGAGAUUCAGCUCAAACACACCUGUAUCACCAAGCAACCUCUGUCGUCACAUACACACACCAAACUGAGCUUCAAAUGACUGUUUACUGUCUUGGAAAUACACACACUCACACAUUUUUUUUUCUCUAACACACUUCUCCUGUAUAAAGGGUUGCGAUGCAUACAUUUCUCCCUUUUUCAAACGUAAUCAUGUCUUCAAGUGAAUCACAAGCUCAGCUUCAUUCUCAGUCAUCCUAUAGCUCUGGAGAACGCAUUCUUUAAAAAACAACAGAUCCCCUUUUUACUUGUGGGAUUUGUAGUUUUUUCAUCAGCUACAAAGUCCACUGUAGCUACAGUAUAGAGUGCCAAAGUCACGUUACGUUGAGCUUCUUACUUUAGGUACUUUUUGUAAAGCAUCAAGUAACUGUCCAAAAAACGAAUAUUAUAAUCAGGAAACCUUCAAGGUGAAACCAGGCUACUAUUGUGGCACAAUAUUUUAGUUCAACUGUCAGCAAUACAUACAGUUGAACUACAAGCCCCAAAUGGCUAGCUGUCAAAUUGCCUCUAGGAUUGUAAUGCGGCUUCCUGGCCUAAACACUUUGAGGGGAGUGGCGGGACUUUGGUACUCUAUUAAAGGUUGUUUUUUUGUCCUUCAGUUAUGCAAAUGAUCCAUGUGUUAUAUAGUCAGCCCAGCUUUGUGAUUGGUCGAGAGAGGUGGACAAGCCUUCCCAAUCAGAAUAGAUUCUUUGAAUAUUGCGCUUUCACCCUCGCUGCAAAAAUAUGCAGCGUGAAGUCAAGUACUGUACUCUUCCAUUGAGACCAUUCGAAGCAUUGAAGGCCAGGGGAUGGCCAACUAGAUUUGGGCCUACCUAGAGCACACAUCAGGCUUUUAGGAAAAAAAUGACUUGAAUUAAACCAUUUUUCUUUUUGCUUUCCUUCCAUUUUGGCAUUUUGGUCAAGUCCAAAUGGGCAAAGACCUGAGCUUUUCUAUAAAAACGUGAUAUAUGAGCUUAGGCUGGUGCAGGACAGAGUAGCUAUGUCUGGAUUCUUUUGAGACGCCCUCGCCUUGCUCACGUUCAUUUUUGCACUUUUGGAACGUUACUGUGUAUGUGAACUAUUGUUGCCCCCCCCCACCCCCAUAUUCUUCUCAGCCUCCCAAACUCUGGGACCACCUACCUCUCCUUCCCCUGACAUUCUCUACAGAACAUAGCAAUCAUACUGUUCAGUAGAGGUAUGGUGGGCAGGGCUGGGCAGAGUUCUGUGAAAAUACCAUGAGCUCACUUCCUGGUGUCUUCAUACCCUGUCUUUCUAUUUGUUGAGACACCCCCCCCCCCCCCCCCCCCCCCACUCCUUGAAUUCUGUCAUUGGUCAGCUAGACCCUCAGUAUUUUGUCACUGGUCAACCAGACCAUGUAGAUUUCGUAGUGUGAUCCAAUGCUUACCGCUUCUUUGUCUUUUGUUACAUGUUGACCUUUCUGGAGUUCUCUUUUCAAUCCAUAGUUUUCUCCUUCACGUGAGGGCGCUGGGGCGAAUCAUCAACUAUGCAUUCACAGUAGGGACUGUACAUUCUCACACGCAAACUGUUAUGUAUGCAAAGACAUCAGGUGAGAUGCAAUAUGAAACCACAACAUACAAAGUGUAUGAACGAUAUAAUUGUAUUGUGGAGUUGUUUCCUACCAGCCCACCAAACACAUCAAUUGGAGGCUCACCUGGUUAUGGCUUGUGAUGUGGCACCAUUGGCCCUGUAAGGGAUCUGGUGCUAGGCACUUCCCGCUCUGCUUGUAUUUCCUGUCAAGCUUGGACCUGAUAGGCAAUCAGACGUGAGGCGAGUGUCAGGAUUGUGGUUGGAUAGCGUGUCUUCAGAUGGCAUCGUUGGCUUGUGGUUUGCCCUUUGCCGAUCUGUUCUACCGAUGCUAAGUGAUGUGGUCUGACCGGUUUCAUGUUUGCCCUGGGAGGAGGAGGAGGAGGAAGGCUAGGAGGGUGUGUCCUGUGUGACAGAUGAUGCCCCUUCCGUCCUCUGUUCAGACCAGCUCCUGGGCUAGAGGAGCGUAACUGCCCCAGACUCUCAGUUUUGUCAUUGGGGCCGAUUUCUAAAAAUCUCCACAGUCAUAGAGUUGUAAAGUUGAUCAUAAACUUUCUUUAGAGCUUCCUUAGUUGAAUACAAACUCUUUUUCAUUCACCCGGUGCUCAUCAACUUGUCUUUCUUUGCUACUCUGUGUUUGAUUCCUGACUCUGUUUACAAUGAGCAGAGAUUGUAUAGUAAGCCGCAGGUUACUGUAUAUAUUCAACAGGCUCUGUUUUUUGGGGUUGGGUUUUUUGCUAGACUUCAGCAGAGGAGUGGUGAAGAUGUGCCUCUAAGCUGUAGCUGCCAGAGAGAGAUGUUGGGAACAAAGGAAAAAUAAUGCACAGGCGAGCGUGCAGAAAGUAAAAGCUGGAGAGAGGGAGAGAGGGGGGGGGGGGGUGUAGAGAGAGAGAGAACCUAGCAUGAUGAUGUUACAGUAGCCGUUUCAGUCCUGCGCCAAAACCUUGUACUUUCAUCAGUACUUUGCAGUACUAUGGACUGCAAGUCCAGUGCAUUGGUAGCACAUGUUACAGUACUACUUCAAAAGUAUAGUACUUCUGCAGCCCGGUGCUUUCAUGGUGACCCCUGACCCCUGAGGGGGACUGGAACACAUCACUACUGCAGUAUUAGUCGCUGGCCGUGUCAGCCGGGAGGCGGCAGGUUGUUUUUUGCCCGGCGUUCGGCCCAAAGAAGCGCGUCCGUGGGACUGCAUCAUGCACUUAACGCAGGUCCCUGCCCCCCCCCCCCCUGUGUUUGUACGUUUGUUUAUGUCAUGUACAGUGUAUCUGCCUCAUUCUAAAAUGUCCCUUUUCAGUUUUUAAAGAAAAGAAGGGAGGAAAAAAACAAAAUAGGAAUGCUCUUGAAACCGUUGAUUGAUGGAUUGACUGAAGUCUUGGAUUACCGAGUGAGGAGUUCCCGAGGCUACCGCGGCCUCGGCCGUGGUGACGGUGAACCAGGAAGUGCCCCGUCCCAGUGUGUCGGGCUCUUCCUGUGUACUCGUCCAGGGCCUGCUGGAGGCGUGUCCAGAGCCCUGGGCAGGCCUGCCCUGGUGUGUCGCCACACUGCCAGACCCGUAUGGACGACAGCCCAGGUACUCCACAGCUCCCAGUCCCUGCGGCUGCUCUUGAUGAGGGUCUCAGAGUGGUUUGAGAGUGUACUCAGUGGAGUAGUGUGCAUACUUAGUGUUGUGCAUGCUUUUAUUUGUGUUUUUUCAAUGGCCCCUUGAAAUCACGUGCGCUUGAGUGAGCCCCUAAACAGUGGGGGUGGAGCGUGGCGGCUAGUUAAAGCAGCCCGGUUCCUGGGUUAGUUACUGUUAAUGUGCAGUAAAUAUACUGUGAAAUACUUGGGGGGGUUUGAUUUUCAUGUUUGGCUACACUGCGCAAUGGUAACAAUGGAUCAGUCCAACAAGUGCCAACCGGGAGUUCAAAUCAAAUGCACCUUAACUACUUUCGAGUGGUUAGUCUGUGUAAUUGGCCUUGUUCUGUCAGGGAGCCAGCGCCCCCCUCAGGUGAUUUUGCUGUGUGUCGGUGCUAUUCAAAGGGUUUUCACAGACCAGUUACAUGCUAGGAACAUGUCUUUGCCGUCUGGAUGGCGGUUCUGUCUCAUGACCUUUGACCCUGUGUUCAGUGCAGCGCCAAAGCCAGGAAUGUGUUGACCUUACUGUUGGGUAUUGCCAGGGAACCUUUCCUUCAGCUUGACGGUUCUGUUUUGAGGAGUCCACACCAACAGCCAGACACAGAUGCCCCACAGAGCAGCCAGGGCUGAAGCCACGCCCUCAUCACAUGGAAUGAACUUGAGGGGAGGAGCUCAAUUGGAAGACACCACUUUCAUAGGGGUGGGAUGGGUUUGUGGCGUUACUGAAUAACAGUUGAAGGCUGAACGCUUUUCAAGUUUCUGGGAAAUUUGCCAAUGGUUGAUGUUAUAUAGAGUGGAAGAUAUAGAGAUUGAUCAGUUUAUUUGUUGGUAAAAUAAAAAAAAUCUGCAGGCCUCUCAUGUCAUACCCAGUCUUUUACACCUCUUACUCGUGUGCUCUGCUUCAAAUCUCUGUGUAUUCAGGAGUAUUAAACAAAUGCAAAAACUGUUA